GGUACCUUCCAGCUACACAGAGAAAAAGAAAAAAGCUUCUGCGGUUCCUGCUACAUUUCUGUUGAAGACUAAUAACUUUCUCUCUCAAACACCAUGUCGACGAGUUCCAGCUCGGUAACCGCCGGACCUUCAAACGAAGACGAGUUCCGGUCACCGGCAGUGAUGAUCUCCGGAGAUUCCACCACUCCCUCCUCUUCUUCUUCACUUUCCGGCUUAACCCAAGCCUUUCCUUUCUCCUCUGGGAACCCUAGGAUCGAGGAGACCCGCGGCGUCAUGCACCUCUUCCGCGACGACGCCGUUUCCUCCCCCUCGUCCUCCGAUCUCCCCGUGGAAAGGAAACCUCUUGUUUGCGUGCUUGGAGUGCCGAAUUACAUGACAUAUGCGGAUUUCUGCCAGUUUUGUGGUUCAUUCAUUGAUCACAUCUUAGAAAUGCGGAUUGUCAGAAAUGAUGGAAUGGAGGACCGGUACAGUAUUUUAAUCAGGUUUGACAGUCAGGAAUCCACCGAUAAUUUCUACAAGCAUUUCAACGGGAGGCGAUUCUCAUCCCUAGAGGUAGAGGUUUGCCGUGUGCGUUUCACCAUGGAUGUGCAGUACACGGGCUCAAUCGAACAUGCACAUGGAUCUGCCGCAAGUUCAACUGACCAACCCACAUGUCCGGUCUGUCUUGAGAGAUUAGACCAAGAUAUGAGUGGCAUUCUCACAACUAUCUGCAAUCAUUCUUUUCAUUGCUCUUGUAUUUCAAUGUGGACGGAUUCUUCUUGUCCGGUUUGCCGGUAUUGUCAGCAGCAGCCUGAAAAAUCAAUAUGUUUUGUUUGUCAAACUUCUGAGAAUCUCUGGAUUUGUGUUAUCUGUGGCUUUGUUGGCUGUGGGAGGUAUAAAGGAAAACAUGCCAUAAUACACUGGAAGGAAACACAGCAUUGCUAUUCUCUUGAAUUAGAAACACAACGAGUAUGGGAUUAUGUGGGUGACAACUAUGUUCACCGACUAAUUCAAUCCAAAACUGAUGGAAAGUUGGUCGAGUUGAAUGCCCAUUGCGUGCAUGCUAAUGAUGGGUGUGGAAAUUGUGAAUGCAAAGAUUCUGGACUUAGUGAGACCCUUUUGAACAGUAAAGUUGAAGCUAUUGUUAAUGAGUACAAUGAAUUGCUUGCCACUCAACUUGACAACCAAAAAUUAUACUUUGAGUCCUUACUGCAAGACGUCAAAGAAGAAACUGAAAGGGAAAUUUCUAAAGCUGUGGACAAGGCUGUCGCUCAAAAACUGCAGAAGAUACAGGUCAAGCUGGAUAGAUGUGUUAAAGAAAAAGAAAUUCUUGAAGAUCUUAAUGAGAAUCUGUUGAAAAAUCAGGAGAUUUGGAAAGAAAAGAUACUUGCAAUAGAAGAAAGAGGAAAAAAGGGUUUGAAACUGAAAGAUGAUAAAAUAUGUGACUUGGAAGAACAGCUUAGAGUUCUGAUGGUGUUCCUCGAAGCUGGGAAGACAAUGGAGGACUUAUCGCUGUCAAAUGAAAUUAAGGAUGGAACUGUUUUGCCCACAGAAAUAGAGUCCUCUUCGAGUAAUGGCACUAAGGUAGGGUAAUAAAGCUCUUCCAUGGAAACCACAUGCUGCUUCUGUUAAGCUUGUUCUCUAUCAGGUUGGUGCCUAUGUAUACCCUAUGUUUUAUCUGAUUGGCAAGUUGUGUGUAUGAUUAACACCAGCAUUCUUUCAAAAAUUGUAAAUUCUGAUGUUGUUGUACAUAUCUUUACUGAAAUUUGGGUUAGAAAAAGAGGAGGUGGGAAGAAAAGUGGGGGUGGGGGUUUGGGGAAUAGAGCAAGAGAAUGAUUUAAGAUUCUCCAAUAUUGUUUACAUUACAAUUAAACUUGGUUAAAACAUUUACAAAUCUUCAGGUUUCAGAAUUA